CCCCGGCCUGGCGCAGGCCCCGCCCCUUCCCAUCUGAGGGGCGGCAGGAGGGGGCCUGGAGAAAGAUGGCAGUGAAUCAGAGUCAUACCGAGAACCGCCGCGGGGCCAUCAUCCCUUUUGGCGAAAGUGUCUUGACUCAGUGUCAGGAUGUAGAACUCUCCUUCCCACAUCAACCAGAGGGAUCCAGUGUCUUCUGUGGUACAAAGAGAGGAACAGUGUUUCUUACUUCAUACCGGGUGAUCUUCGUGACUUCACACACAGUCAAUGACUCCAUGUGUUCUUUUAUGAUGCCAUUUGAUCUGAUGAGUAACUGCACCGUUGAACAACCAGUCUUUACCCCCAACUUCAUUAAAGGAAUCAUUCAGGCAGCCCCAGAUGGUGGCUGGGAAGGACAGGCUACCUUUAAAUUAGCCUUCAGAAAAGGAGGUGCCAUCGAAUUUGCCCAGAUGAUGAUGAAAGCUGCCUCUGCUGCUGCCAGGGGAGUUCCACUUGGAAGUCUAAACUACUGGUUCAGCUCUCCAGGACUGUACGUAGUUACUGGCAGGGGGGCAUGUGCUCCCAACAGAUGCCUUGUCCAGGAUACAGGCCCCUACCAGGAGUAUUCGGAACACCCCCUGCAGGAUACGGAUCCCUACCAGCUGGAAAUGAAGCUUCAUUGGCCGGAAAUGAAAACCCACCCGCGGCAAAUGAAGCCCCGCCUCCGGCAUACGGAAUUUCACCUGUUGGAACUAGAGCUGGGUCUAGCAGAUUUAUGGCAGCGCAGCCUGCUGGGUAUGAGCCUUCUCUUCCCGCUCCUUCAUCUUCUGAGCCCCAUCUACAAUCUUUUAGGAAAUAACCAUUGA